CUGUCAGAAAUGCUUUCAAACUUACAUUCAUUGGGUUCUUGGGCACCUGAAACUGCAAGCGACUGCAUUACAAUUAAGUGAGAAAUAGCAGAAUGUUAAAGUUCUUUUUAACAAUUUGCAUAACAAACCGAGGCGUCCUACGCCAUCUCUCUGAAAUGAAAUUCGGAUGUAGACACCCUUGCGCUUCAGGACUCUGAGCUCUUGCAGCAGCGCCUCUGCCCAACGGCGGGCGGCAGCAUCUCAGUACUCACUCUAAAGACUUGUAGGUGGGAGGAGAGAUUCGCGUUCAAAAUCUUUUUGCCUCUAUCCGCUCGCCGUAGCGCCUUAGCCCGCUCGAGUUUCAAUGCGCGUUGUUGCUUAACGAAGCUGAGUCCUACACACUGUCCGCUGCUCUCCUGAUCAUGGCUUCUCCGAGUUCUUUCACCUACUAUUGCCCUCCAUCUUCCUCCCCCGUCUGGUCAGAGCCGCUGUACAGUCUGAGGCCCGAGCACGCGCGAGAGCGGUUGCAGGACGACUCGGUGGAAACAGUCACGUCCAUAGAACAGGCAAAAGUAGAAGAAAAGAUCCAAGAGGUCGUCAGUUCUUACAAGUUCAACCACCUUGUACCAAGGCUUAUUUUGCAGAGGGAGAAGCACUUCCAUUAUCUGAAAAGAGGCCUUCGACAACUCACAGACGCCUAUGAGUGUCUGGAUGCCAGCCGCCCAUGGCUCUGCUAUUGGAUCCUGCACAGCUUGGAACUGCUAGAUGAACCCAUCCCCCAGAUAGUGGCUACAGAUGUGUGUCAGUUCCUGGAGCUGUGUCAGAGCCCAGAAGGUGGCUUUGGAGGAGGCCCCGGUCAGUAUCCACACCUUGCACCCACAUAUGCAGCAGUCAAUGCAUUGUGCAUCAUUGGCACUGAGGAGGCCUAUGACGUCAUUAACAGAGAGAAGCUUCUUCAGUAUUUGUACUCCCUGAAGCAACCUGACGGCUCCUUUCUCAUGCAUGUCGGAGGUGAGGUGGAUGUGAGGUGUCAGAACUGGGAAGGUGGCAUUGGCGGGGUACCAGGGAUGGAAGCCCACGGUGGCUAUACCUUCUGUGGCUUGGCCGCGCUGGUAAUCCUCAAGAGGGAACGUUCCUUGAACUUGAAGAGCUUAUUACAAUGGGUGACAAGCCGGCAGAUGCGAUUUGAAGGAGGAUUUCAGGGCCGCUGCAACAAGCUGGUGGAUGGCUGCUACUCGUUCUGGCAGGCAGGGCUCCUGCCCCUGCUCCACCGUGCACUGCACGCCCAAGGUGACCCUGCCCUUAGCAUGAGCCACUGGAUGUUCCAUCAGCAGGCCCUGCAGGAGUACAUCCUGAUGUGCUGCCAGUGCCCUGCAGGGGGGCUUCUGGAUAAACCUGGCAAGUCGCGUGAUUUCUACCACACCUGCUACUGCCUGAGCGGCCUGUCCAUAGCCCAGCACUUCGGCAGCGGAGCCAUGUUGCAUGAUGUGGUCCUGGGUGUGCCCGAAAACGCUCUGCAGCCCACUCACCCAGUGUACAACAUUGGACCAGACAAGGUGAUCCAGGCCACUACAUACUUUCUGCAGAAGCCAGUCCCGGGUUUUGAGGAGCUUAAGGAUGAGACAUCGGCAGAGCCUGCAACUGACUAGAGGACCUGGGUCCCUGCAGCUCUGUGCCCACCCAUCUCCCCAGACAAGGUUUAUACGUUUCGAUACAUACUGCAUUCUGUGCUACACAAGCCUUAGCCUCAGUGGAGCUGUGGUUCUCUUUGUCGUUUCUUGUCAAACAAAACCAGUGGCUCUGGGUUUGGAGAACACAGUGGCUGGUUUUAAAAAUUCUUUCCACACCUGUCAAACCAAAAAUCUAUCAGCCCAGCUGGUGUGGUUGGUGAACAGUGCACGCCAGGAGGAAGCAGCCCCUCCUCACCAGCUCUCCAGCCAGGACGAUCACAUAGAGAUGAAUGGCAUCUGAGUAUUACGACAUCCAGAGCCACUGCUGACUCCCACUUGCACGCCACCAUUCAGUCACCAGACUGGGUGCCCUCCCAUGGGCGGAAUAAGUCUGCUCCAUGCCAAGCCUGGGCUUUUGAGUCCCACCAAGAUGAGUUCUCUGGAAGACUGUGGUGGGGUUGCACCAGGAGGUGCCUCUGCCUCUCGACUCACACCCUGGUCAUUUGCAAGGGAAACGAGCUGGAGGUGGGGGGAGAAAGAUCUCCUUCAGUUGGGAGCCCCUCCGCUUCAACACUGGAGAACUGAGCCUUGCAUCUCUCCAGGGUCCAAGGCCACGCUUGGUGCACUGGCAAGACUUGCUUCAGCCCCAGGUGUGGUGAGUUAGACCUGGGAAACCAAUUAUGAGUGGAAAAUGAACCUCUAGUUCAACUGUGCCAGAGGAAGCAGCCCUCCAGUGCCCCCCCGCCUCACUCCUCCCCAUCAUGUACCAUGAAAACCCCCUCUGAUGGCCUCAAGGCAGUGCCUGCAGGCCGAGGCCCUUCUGGGGGUUUCUGUCUUUCUUCCACCAGACUCCAAGCCCACUCUCCUCCAAGACUGUGCUGUCUUUUCUUACCCAGAGUAUUAACACUACUAAGUCUUUCACCUUAAUUUAUGACUCAGGAUUUAUUCACGUCCUGCCCACUCUAGGCUCACAGGAAUAAAAUCAAGUGCUAGACACGCUGGCUGCCACUAAGGCACUAGCUCUGGAGCUGGUGGUGGCAGCGGGGGGUGCCACCCAGCAUGCUGGGUCCUGGCAGUGCCUCUGCUGUGCUGCACAUUGAGCCCUUUCUCAGUCCGUGGAGUGUCGAGUUGGGCCAUCUGUCCACUGACCUGGCCUUCAUGUAAGCAGCUGUGGGCUGCGGGCAGACAGGAGCUCAGAGAUGCAGCAUGAGGCUCUUAGAAAAACUUGGCCAUUUGCUGCCUCUAAUUCCUUUUGCUUUGACAUAUUGGGCUAUGUAUUACCUCCUUGAAAUAAUAAAAGAAUAACAUUUUCUAUGA